AUGGACUCUCGUCUAUCCUGGCUAGACCUGACGCUCCAGGGGACCCGAGAAUCUUCCAAUGAGAACCUCGCCCCGCCUCCCGUGUCGUUUGGCUUCACUUCCAAUACAGACUUGCAGAAACCCACGCCAGAUAACAGAGCCUACAUUUUCGCCAAUGCCCUGGCAGACAAUCUUGGACGCAAUGACCAUAGCCAGCUGGAGGACUCCAUAUCGUUAUCGCUUACCGCCCAGGAGCUUACGCUCGAGGAGUCCAAGACGUAUAUGAGGUGGUACUCGGAUAUAUUGGCACGUACCAACCUGAGAACAAUCUCCAUGAACGACGUGUAUCAAUUCUUGAGCAACUUCAAGCUUUCUCCCGAGUCCCAGGAGAAAAUAAACCGCAUCUUUUCCAAAAUCCUACAUUCCAUCAACAUUGGCGAGUUCUUCGCUUUGCUAAGAGUCGUUUCCCAUACCUUAGCGGGCGAGGAACCCAGCCGAAAACUCAUCAAGAUCCAAACCAAUGUGCCCACGCCGCCUUCCAUUUUGCUGAAAAAGCGCCAGAACGACGAUCAAGAAGAAGAGCAUAAGAUUGCCGAACCUGUGCCCGAGCUGCCUUCUAAACCAUUAGACUUGGACCUGUUCACCCAGUUCAUGCUCACCGGUGAGCGUCCCGAUGAUAGAAUUCCCAAGAAAAGACUGAAGAAACUCAAAUCGGUCAAAUUCUCCGAUCAGAUCGUCACCGACGUGCACGAUCCAGCAUCCGACAGGCUGCAAAAUGCUCAGCCACCAGGCCUGGGUGGUGAUCUCGACUACCUGCUUCCUAUGGACCAGCUCAUGAAUAGACUCAAUGCCUCCAAGGCGGGCCCUUCUGGCAACCAAAGCAGUCUACAGGUACCUCGCUCGGCGCCGGGACCCAUCCAUUCGCCAGAUCCCGAGGAAAAGCAAAUCCUCAGAGACAUGGAGCCACAGAUGAACCAUUUUCAGAACUUAAACUCGGUGGAUACUAUGCUGGUCGACGGUGUUCCUGCAAACAUUCAUUUGGGUAGACAAGGAUACACCCCGCUGCCUAGAGAUGGCUCUCUGCUGCCUCAGCCACAACUACUCAAGCCCAAUAUGACGGGGCCUGCUCAAAUGGCGCAGAUGAUUAAACCUCCACAGGAAGAACCACAGCCUUCUCCACUUCGAUCAAAUGUCACCGGUCCUUCAGACAUGGCUCGUUUCCUACCGCCAGAAGAGAAUGGCGGACAAGCUCCCAGAAUCUCUUUACAGUCGUUUACAUCGCAAAUGACUGGUGAUACCCUUGAUAACACAGCUAGAAACGCACGCAUUUCUGACGACAAACUGCCUCCACCCCCACCUCCAGUGCCAUCAAGAAGAUCUCGUUCUGUGUCCCUGCCCAAUUAUAUCCAGAAUGAUCAGCUUCACGUCAAUCAGCACGAAUCGACAAACGGUAAUUCUCAAGAACCCUUUCAAAGAUACAGAUCAGCAUCUCUUUCGCCAGCGCUUAACGGUCCGCCCGUUCCUCCGAGGUCACCACUCGGUAAUUCUCGUCCAGGGCCCCCUCCACCACCACCCUCAAGAAGACGUGGUAACUCCAAUGCUGCUCCUCAAUCGGACGAGAAGCCACCUUUGCCUCCAAAAGUGCCUGAACAGAUGUAUCAGAACCCCGAUGGAAGUUCCAGUACAGCUAAUAUACUAGACGAUUUGAAAGCCCUCCAAGAGGAAGUCGAUAAAAUUAGAGACAUGACUGGUGGAUUUUAA